ACAGAUAAAUUACUGACAGCCUAAAUAUUUGGAUUAAAUGUGCGGCGCUGAGAAGCCUUGUUGCUAUUUGCCAUUUUGUCAGUUAAGCCUUAAAGCUUACUGAACUGCCAGACACAUACAAACAUCCUUUUUUGGCAAUUUUUUUUUUAACUAUGGUAUAAACUAGGUGAAAUCUGGUAAAGUACAGACCAGUUAAUAUAACAAUAUAACAUUAAUUACAAAGUUUAACUAUCAUAGAGCGAAAGUUUAUCAUUUGCACAUGUUUUAGCAGUUUUAAACCAUUCAAUUGAGUUCUCUUUUGUGUCUUUUUGUGAAUGAACGGACACAUACCCACAAAAUUAUGUCAAAAUGCCUGUCUCAGCGAGUAUCCUCAUAAACACAGUUGUGUCUUACAUGAACGUAAACAAUUGCAGGCACCCCACCCUGCAAAAAGUAAUUUCCGGGAGAUGGCACAGACAACCCCGCCCCCUUAAAGGACAUUGUAUUACAACAGAAUUAUAUUAUAACAUAUUAUAUUGAUUCACGUAAGCUGCGUAACACGAGUUCGUUCAUUCAAUAGUAUUUGUGCGCAGAAAGUGAAAGUGAUAUGUGUGACAAAAUAAUAGGAAAUCCAAAUGCAAAUGGUCACAGAUACAUUUGAAACCCAUGAACCCUUCGAGUAUCUGUAUGACUGUUUGCCUUUUUCUUGCAAGAAAAAUAAAACUUUUGAAAGACAAUUGGAUGUGUUUGUCUCUUGCCCAAACACAAAAACAAUCAUACAUUUCACCUUUGAAGAUUUCUUAAAAAAAGUGUUAAAAUAUAGUCUUGUCUCUUUAUGUGUUAUAUUCAAUAUCUUCGAUACCACGGGGGAAAACGCUGCAUAUACUGUCAUACAGAUAUUUUUAAUAUUAUUUUGUUUUUUUGUCCAGCCAUUGAAAGUCUAGCCAAUCAAAAAUUCUGAAGAGAUCACUUUAUAGGAUAAAGCUUAUAAGCUUUUUUCAUAUAUAAACGUUGAUGAAUUGUCAUUACAAUUAUCUCACAAAUAUUUGCUAACUCAAUGUAUUUGUUUUACAGUGGGGUAAUUUUGUUGCAAAAUCAGAGAGACUAUUACUUGCUCAUCAUCUUUUGUUAUCUAUCUUAUGUGUCCAUGUGGUCUACAAUAUAUUGGUAAGACCAACCGCCAACUCAGCACAGAAGUUCUAUUAGAAGGACAGUUCUAAUAGAAAUGUCCUGUGGUCAGACAUUUUGUAGAUGCUGGUCACAAGCUUACUGACAUGAGAUUUUGUGGUAUUCAGAGAUUGACAAGCUCAAGAAGAGGUGGUGACACUGACAAAAGAUUAUUACAAUGUGAAAUUAAGUGGAUUUAUUAUAUGGACUGUGUACAUCCAAAGAGAUUGAAUGAAGAACUCCAAUUGUCAUGUUUUCUAUGAAUUAUAUCUUGUUACUCCAAAAUACAGUUAAUGUUCCCUAAUUUAUUUAUAUCAUGAUAUUACAAAAAUAUGUUGUGGUAAUUUUGUAUACAUAUUUUUAGACUUACAGUUGAUAUACUUUGUAAUUUAGUAUGUUAUACAUAUACAUAUUUUUUUCUUUGAGUUGGAUUAUUAUUAUUAUUAAUUUUUUUUUCUUUUUGGAUUAUUUUCAUGUAGUAUGAUAAAUAAUUUGUUUGGAUUAUUUGUUAUAAUUUCGUUCAAUUGAUCAUGUGAUCUAUGCAACCAUGUGACUCCUUAAAUCAAGAUGGCUCCUGAACUAAGCAUUGUAAGUUUGGCAUUGACAAAGGUCACAUAUGACCGAAACGUUUGCUCUUUUUUUCAGUAAAGUUUUGUUUUUUGUCUUGCAUCUGAUGUUUUUUCAUCUUUGGUGGAGUGUGCGGACUCUUUUGAAAUGAUUCACUAGUUGCAAUAGCUUACACACAGCACAAGGAAGCUUGAUUUUAAAUGGUAAAUUGAUGAAUACAAAUAAACAGUAAUAAAAUAAGAACAAAUAAACAAAUUACUAACAAUAGCACAAAUAAACACAAUAGAAUAAAGACACAAAUGAAAUAGGCUGCUUUACUGUUUCUAGGUAGAUCCAACAGUAGUAUUCAGGCAAGAAACUGAAUAAAGAAACAGUAAUUAAAUAACAUUGAAUAAUCUUCUUUGUAAAAAAUAAAAACAGAUUAAUCAAUUAAAUUUAUUAAUGAAUUAAUCAAUUAUAACCAUGACAGUUCCAAUCAUAACUAAUCAUCAUAUUAUCCAUAUAAUCCAAUCAUAUUACAUAACACUAUGAAGAGAACACUAUUUUAAUAAAACAUUUUGAAGUGUUUGGGUUUAGUUACUGUGUUUCAGCAUGUUGUUAUGGGAAGAGCGCAUCCACAAAAGGAGAUACACACUCUGACUAGCAUGUAACGUAGUUCAAGUUCACUUGUGCAUUCGAGUCAUUUUGUGCAGAUAUAAGUUGUAAUAUUAUGUUUGUGUUGUAAAAAUAUCUGAAUAAUCUCUUAUAGGAUGUGUUUUAUUGAGUUAAAUAAUCCACUAGCAAAGCACUUCAGUUUACCAGUGUAGUGUAGAGCUUGCAUCUCAAACAGCAUUGUUGUUAUUUGAAACAGUAAUAUUAAUUGUGGAUGUUUCUUUUUCAAAAACAUUGAUGCCUUAAUAAUAACAAGCACGUUUAUUUUUCUCAUAUUAUUUUCAUCAACAAUAUGGUUUAAUCAGAAUCAUUUCAUUAUUGCCCGUGCCUAGGCUACUCCAUUUUAUUUAUCCAUUGUACAUGCUUUUUGAUUCUUUAUUCGCAAGAAAUGUUGUCCAAUUGCUUGUUUGCAUUAUUUAGCCAUGGUAACACUUUACAAUAAGGUUGUAUUAGUUAACAUUAACUAACCAUGAACAACACCUGUUCAGCAUUAGUUAAUCUUUGUUAACUUAACUCACGCAUAUAUUAAUGAAUCUAUUCGCGUUAACAGCGCAAGUAGUUAACAUUAAUUAAUGCAUUAGUUAACAUUAACUAACCAUGAACAACACCUCUGUUCAGCAUUAGUUAAUCUUUGUUAACGUUAAUUCAUGCAUAUAUUAAUGCAUCUAUUCACGUUAACAGCGCAAGUAGUUAACAUUAGUUAAUGCAUUAGAUAACAUGAACUAAUCAUGAACAAUGCCUGUAAAUAGCCUUAAUGUUUUAAGGUUAACUUACUAUACAGAUUUACAUUAGCUUAUGUAGCAGUUGACACACUAAGGGUGAACAUUUCUAACUCAUCAUCUUACCCUAAAGGUAAAAUGCCAUUGUGUACCUUAGCAUUAUUUAUUAAUAAGGCAUUGAUUUGGGCUGUAAACAUAAUUCUGAAGUGGAAACCAUCUGAACAUUAACAGAUAUGUUGCUCAUGUUUAUAUGCACUUUACUAUCAUUUCUUACAUUCAACAAAGCAUUUAUUAAUUGAAUUUAAUUGAACCUUAUUGUAAAGUGAAGACUAUUUCAACAUUAACUGAUGUGUUACUAACAUUUGUAGACCCUUUAUUAACAUGACUUUCCAUUAACAAAGCAUUCAUUAAUGGAAUUUGUGAACCUUAUUGUAAAGUGUACACUAUUUCAACAUUAACUGGUGUGUUACUAAAGUUUGUAGACCCUUUAUUAACAUGACUUACCAUUAACAAAGCAUUUAAAUGAAUACAAUUUCUGUAAUUGUUUAACCACUUUGUAAUAUUUAGUUUGUUUGCUGUGCGACACAGAAGUUUCUCCUAUGCAGCGACUGACAAUUCAUAAGAUACACCAAAGCACAACAUAAAUUCACAAAUCACAUCAAUUUUAUUUGUUUGCUGUACUCUAAAUCUUUAGAAUCCAUAUGUUUGUAAGGAACAGAUCCAAACGGAGAGAAGCCGGAUUCAUUUUUUCAUGGAUUAAUAAGUUAAAUUCUGCUCUGUACCCUAUAAAAAACUAUUACCGCCAGAGAGGACUGCGACUGCAACUCAUCAUCAUUUGAACUACUUUUGGUACCACUUUUGACAUUUUUGCAAAAAAGUUAAUUAUUAUGAUUACGCUUGUUUGUCUGUUAUUCCUUUAUUUAUAACAGUAUAGUUUUAACAUUUACAUUUGGGCAAUUCCAUGCAAAGGUCACCCUUACUGUCACAAUCUUUUUUUUUUUUUUUUUUUCCUUUUCUCCACAUCACGGUCUUGUUUUGUCUUGUUAAAGGACUUUCAUGUUGAAAUGCAUUCUGAGUUUCCAUUGUGUCUGUGUUCCUUUCCUAUUUGGUUUUCAUUUCUAUGUGUUGUCAUAUUAGUCACCAUGGUCACUUUCAUUAGUUCCAGCUGUUGUUCAUUAUCUACUCACUCUUGCUUUUUAGUUAGGUUUUAUGGGUCGUUGUUGGUGUUCAUGUGUUUGAUCAGGGGGUGCUUGGACGUUCUUGUUUUCUUCAGGUGUUUUUGGAUUAUUUUCCCAUGUCACUCUUGUCUGGACUAUUUGCCUGCUCAAGGUUUGGAAUGGAUUAUCUAUAACUUUGCCUUCUGUUAAUAAACUGUGUAUGCAUUUGGAGUUGCCCUCGUCUCAUCUUCAUGCACCCGUUACAGAACGACCCAUCAAAAACAUGAAUCCAGCCGCACAGAUCAUGCGUCUCCAUCAGGGAGACCGCCCGAUUGAGGACUACGUUCAAGACUUUGUUGAACUGGCAAAUUUAACAUCUCUAGACUCUGUGUGCCUCAUGAUAUUUUAUUUUUCGAGGAGGUCUUGCCAAGCCACUCAAUUCAUGUAUGCCGCUGCACAGUACUAACUGGACCCUAGAAUAUUAUAUAGACAUUGCUUUGCAACUGAAUGGAUCUGUAUUCACGGUGGGUGUCAUGGAGGAGGAUUGUGAGAUUCCCACUACAUUUGACAUGCCAGAGUCUCCAGCCCAAGAGUCCACUCCAGAGCCCGUUCCAGCCCAUGAGCCCACUCCAGUCCUUGAAUCCGCUCCAGAGCCCGCUCCAGUCGAUGAAUCUGCUCGAGACAGCUCCUGUCCAUGAAUUCUCUCCAGAGCCCGCUCUAGUCCAUGAAUCCUCUUUAGAGCCCGCUCCAGUCCUUGAGUCUGCUCCAGAGCCCGCUUCAGCCCAUGAGUCUGCUCCAGAGUCUGCUUCAACCCCUGAGAUGGCUGCCAUGCCUGAGCCCUCAGCUGAGAUGGUUGCCACCCCUGAGCCCUCAGCCGAGACGGUUCCCACGCCCAAGCCCUCAGCCGAGAUGGCUGCCACGUCUGAGCCUUCAGCCCAUGAGCCCGCUUCAGAGCCUGUUCUAGUCCCUGAGUUCCCUGUUUGUCUGGAUAUGACCAAGGAAGUUGUCCUUGAGUCCCCUGUUUGCCUUAAUAAGACUAAGGAGAUUGUUCCUGAGUGCUCUGUUGGCCCUGAUGUGACCACAGAAGUGGUUCCUGAGUUUCCUGUGUGCCUCGAAACGACCGUAGAGGUCGUUGUUGAACUGUUUACCUGCCUCGACACAACCUUAGAGGUUAUUCCUGAGUUGUUUGCUUGCCUCAAUACGACCAGAUCGCUGGAGUUCCCUUUUGGCAAUGCCUUGGAGGGCGUUCCUGAGAUCCCUGCCUGUCCGGUUGCAGCCCUAAUGGUCACUUCUAACUUUUUUGUGUUUAAUGUUUCAGUUUUGUCUGGUCAGCUAUGUUGGCUUCUAGAUCCACCUGAUCCGCCCUGGGGGUCUUCAAGUACGGCUACACGGCACUGGUGGUCGUCUGCGCCACCGUGGGGAUCUUCAAGCCUGUCUGCACUGCUGUGCUGGUCGUCUGCGCCACUGUGGAGGUCUUCAGCCCUGACUGCACUGCAGUGGUGGUCACCAGCUCCGCCCUGGACGCCUAUCAAGCCUUCUCCACCCUGGCCACCUGUCCAGCCUGCUCUGCCCUGGCCUGUUAUCAAGCCUUUUCCGCCCUGGCUGCCUGUUCAGCCUGUUCCACCCUGGCCUCCCAAUCUGCCUCAGUCUCCACCACAUGGGCCAGGUCCUCCAUCCCUCCUCCUGUUCCACCUCCUCCCACCUCCCUCCUGGACUUUCCUGGAUUGUUUUUUUUUGGGGGGGGGAGGUAUGUCACGAUCUCAGUCUUGUUUUGUCUUGUUAAAGGACUUUUAUGUUGAAAUGCAUUCUGAGUUUCCAUUGUGUCUGUGUUCCUUUCCUGUUUGGUUUUCAUUUCUGUGUCGUCAUAUUAGUGGUCACCUGCAUUAGUUCCAGCUGUUGUUCAUUAUCUACUCAUUGCAUUGUGUAUUUAAACUCUUGCUUUUUAGUUAGGUUUUAUGGGUUGUUGUUUGUGUCUGAUCAGGGGGUGCUUGGACGUUCUUGUUUUCUUCAGGUGUUUUUGGAUUAUUUUCCCAUGUCACUCUUGUCUGGACUAUUUGCCUGCUCAAGGUUUGGAAUGGAUUAUCUGUGACUUUGCCUUCUGUUAAUAAACUGUGUGUGCAUUUGGAUUCGCCCUCAUCUCAUCUUCAUGCACCCGUUACACUUACCAUGAAAAAAAGUUUUUACCAAAAGAACAAAACCCUUUUUAAGUUGUCCAUUUAGGUUUGUACUAUACUGUAUUAAUGUGCUCUAACAGAAAUUAAGAAAAUUGCCUUGUUUAUCCACAACACAUGAGGUAAGUAACAAUGCUUAAAUUAAAUUUUCAACCAACCAUACUUCGCUCUGAACAACCAUAAUAAGCGUUACGGAUGUGACUGUUAUGGACGCUUCAUAUUAAAUCAUAUGCAUAUGACUUGCUUCUUUAUAUUGCUGUGAUCUGUUGCAGGCUUACCGUAUAUAUCAGAACAUAUUCAAUUGUUGUGCUUUGUUAGUUUAAUAUGCAAAAAGGUCUCAACUUUCAAAUUCGGUGGAUUUUAUAACAAAAUUUAAACAAUAGAUGUCGCUCUUUAAGGGUGUUUUCACACUUGGUCCUUUUCAGGGGUCUGAGCGCAGUGUGUGUGAUUUUUGGCCCAUAUGUGAACACUCCAAACGAUUUCAGACCCCUUAAAGACGAACCGAACCGAGUCCAUCUCAGGUUCGAUUUCAUCUUACGGUACGGUUUGCUAAAAACUCGCGAAUUCCAAUGUAGUUUGAUCAUCAAAUGCCUCAGUACAAAUCAACUGUGCAUCAUUGCUGCGUCUUCUCUCAGAACUCUACAAAUUAUUCAUUCACAACGUACACUUGUUUAUUGUGAUUUUAACUGCUUCCAAACUGUGUAAGAGAGCCUGCAUGCCUUGUCAGUUUAUUUUUUAUACAUACGGUUGUACGAGCGCACACACCUUAGCGCAUGCACAGACAACCAGCCGUCACAGCGCGUGUACUGAACUGAAUUAUCUGUUAAUUAUAAUUAUAAUUAAUAAUUAUUUUAUCAUUAAAAUAGUCAA